AUGGCCAAUCACGCCAAUAGAAGACGAGGAAACCGCAGACAACAGGAGGAGCCCUGCCAGCCAAGUCUGUAUGGUGAUCCGUCGACUAUGCGUCAGAGCACCUUUGGUCCUGAGCUCCCUGCCGUUGCUAGUGCACCUGUGCAUAACACUUUCUGCCCUAAUCUGCCUCAGGCAAACCAUCUCGCCAUGCGACUGGAUCACCAUCAGAAGGAAGUGGAGAAUUGGAACAGAAUGCAAAUGGAACAGUUCCGUUUCCCAGGCCCUCAGCCGAUGUAUGAAGCACCUGGUCUAGCUCCUAAUGGACCUCCACUCAGCCCUGAAACUCGUGCUAUGUCACCAAUGUACACCAUGCCACCAAUGCACUACGCACCCUACGCUUUGCCUGCAACUGGGCCCCUGAUUGUGGGAUCAGUGCAGCCCGGAAUCUCUGGAGAAGGUGAAAGAUUUCAGGGCCUCAAUGCAGGGGCGAGCGGGAACACCAGAAACUGCUACCCCAGCUCUACUCUUCGUGGAGAUGCACCUGAGUUCGUCCCGAAAGCAAAACGCCAAGUGAACGAGGCCCAGCGUUUGGUCCCAAAUGCCAAUACCGUAUUCAUUGUCAGUAGCACCGGUCAACACAUGAUGCGAGGACGGUGA